AACUCAGAACUUCUUAUUAGUCUUGCCAACACCUGCAACUCUUUGCAGCUUCCUUUGGUAGAUAUCCUGACUUUUGAAUGUGUGGAAAAUGCAGGAAAAAAAAAAGCUCCUCCAGCAUUGUUUCCUGCAAAGACCAUUCUUAAGAGCUCGUUGGACAGUGCAGGACUCUUAAAGUGAUAGCUAAUUGAAAGAAAGGCCCUGAUUGUCUUGAGGGAGCUGGAAAGUGCUGCGUGUGCUGCUGAAAGGGACUAGGGAGAAGGUGCCUAGUUUCGCUGAGCAGCUGCUGCUGGAGAUAUUUGGAGAUUACAUCAGCAUUGGAAAAGAGGGGCCAAAAAAAAAAAGUCCGACUUCACAGAGACUGAGUUUAUGGAGUUUUUUUUCCAACUUCCAAAGGUCUUCUGACAAUACUGUCAUUGUCAAUAUAAGAGUUGUUAAUUCUUUAUGAAUAGCACAUGGGGCCUCUUGACUAAAUAGUACGUUACAUGUCCCAAAUCUGUCAGCUGGACUCUUCUCUCACAUGCUAGUGAGAUCACUUUGAUUGGAAUGUUAGAGGAAUUGCUGGGCUGGCCAUGCAGAACUGAAUACUGCAUUAUAUAAUUAGAUCUCCCAGAUUAUAUUUUUUCACAUUACCUCAUUAUUCUAACUUAAAUAUGGAACCAGACCUUUUGGUGGUUUUACUUGUUGUAAUUAUAUUAAUACGAUUAAUUUUGUGGUCCUGUCUUAGUGCUUAUAUAGAUUAUAAACUGUCCCAAAGGUUUCCUGACACUAAGAAAGAGGACUAAGGGACUUCAAAAGGCUUGGUCAGAUUUGAAUUGACAAUGGGGAGAGCUGGGUAAGGUAAAUGGAGCUAGAGCAACUUUUACCUUGGGAUCUGAUGAGAGAGAAAUGGCCUGUUGAGACUGCAGCUGAGUGAAGAUCCUUCAGAAAGCCUCAUGCUGACAGAGGGUAAGGAAUGACAACCAAUUGAGUCAAAUGACUUUCUAUCCAACUUGGGCAUGAAUUUGCUGUUGGGAACAGACUUGUGGACUUCUGCCAAUUAAAUGAUGUGGACAAGCUGGAAGGAACCCUCUUGCUGGACAGUCCAAGAGUGCUCAGUGUCCACAUGCCACGUUGUGGGCUGGCGGAUUUUUACCUGACUGCUUGCUUUGUUACCAAAUUCCUCAUGGCUCUUCCCAGCCAGUCAGAUCUGAAACGGAAUGAUUUUAGCUGACCAUAACCUUCCAAAUACUCACAUUUCUUAACAAGUGAUGUAUAUGAGUACCAGUACAAGGUUGAUACCAGGAAUAAUCUGUUCCAUGGAAGACAGAUUUGUGUCUCAGAGAUUGUCUGAGGGACUCUGGCUGUGCUUCAGCACCAACAAUGGGUGGGGUGUAGAGUUGUGUUUUUUAGGUUUUAUUACAUUUGUAUUAUGUAUAAGUUUGUUCCAUGUACCCCCGGUUCUGUAACGGUUCCCCCCGGGUUUUCCCGUCUUUCCCUGCGGGUCCGUUGUCCCCAAAAAUGCCAAGUCAUCCCCCUGUUUACCCCAGAUGCCUGUCUGUCACUCAGUGUCCCUUCCCCCCCACCUGGAAUCUUCCACCCGGGACGCCGGGCGAUAGGCAGAGGACCUGGGACCCUUCACCUGUCCAUCCUUCAUUGGAUGUACCCCCGUACCCCACUACCCUCAAACCCCCCGUGGCAUUACCCCAUUGGCUGCUCCGGUUUCCCCCCGUUCCGUACUUAGUCCGUGCGCGCGGCGUGCUCCGGGCUUUCUCCUGGCCGGCUCCAGCGCCGCCCUGCCUGUUCGCGCGGCUCCGGCAAACGCAGGUGCGGCAUGCCUGGUUCCCUUCGAAUUAUUAUUUUCCCCGUUGGAUUGCAAUAAACGGAAUUCGACCCCCAGAGAAAGACUCUCUUCAUUAAAUCGCUGUGGGGUCGCUGCCUGCUCUCCGAACUCCGACAGUGCUGCCCAAAGCCCGCGAGGGUUCAGCGGGAAGCGCUGGAGAUCUGCCUGCGCCCCUUCUCCCCAGAGCUAACCGGGGCAAGGGUAAGGCAGACGGGAGAAGAGCGCACUGGCAGUGGGGUGACAACACGAGUGAGUUUUGAUACCAAAGCCCUGCAAGUAACCUUCAUAUCUAGCCUGAAACAAGCACCCUACUAGGACACUGGAAGAUUUGACUACUUGCCCAAGGACAAAGGGACUUGGGAUUUCUUGGUUAACUUACCUGGCAAAAGGAAGUAAAUUUUUUCAAAUGAAUUGUCUUCUUUAAAAUAGGUGUUGUAUUAAGUCAAAGAAUCUAAAUCUUAGAGCAACUCAUUGUAACACUAUCUUUUAAGAAUUGAGUUUUUCUAGAGUAAAGGUAGAAAAAUUGUAUUACCUUGCCCAAGAAAUGCACUAUCCUUGGCUUAGUCACUCUUUAAAUCAUUAUUUUUUUUAAAUAAUCCUUUUUUUGUUUGAUCAUUUUCUAUCUCAUGUGAAAGUGAAGGUUACCACUUCAUAUACUGAUUUCUAUAUCUCUUGGUAGCUCACGUGAUGAUAUCAGAGCUCAGCUAGGUAAAAGCCCACAGUAUUCCCAUACAGAGUUUCUGGCCCAUUCAUGACUCACACACUCCUACAGGCUUGUCAUUAGUAACUGCUCAUCAGCCCUUGUAAUUUUGUCUUUUAGAACCUCCUAAAAAUCAGACAUGAGAGCUUAGGCAGUGGAGCAGGGUAAAUGUCAGGUCAAUUGAUUUCAGCCUCAGAUUUUAUUUAUGGUGGAUGUCCAAUCUACAAAACAGCCUGUAAUGCUUGAAGGUGCAUAUCAUGGGCUUGAAAUCCUGCCAGACAACAAUCCAGCCAUAAAUUAUAUGUAGAUGUAACUAACCCCUGGUUUGUUUCUCUGAUUCUUAAUAGUUCUGUCCUUUUUUUGUUUCCCCAACACCAGCAAACCACAAAGGGAAGAUGAAAUGUUGUCUACUUGAUGUGCAGGCAUACCUUUUAUAAUGAGUAACUGGAAAAAUAGUGACAGUGAUCCAUUUUUCUUCUUUCAGUUAAUCAUCACUAUUCUGAGCUGUUGUGUGCAAAACAAAGCUUGUGGAGAAAUUGAUAGUGCCUUUAAGAAAUAAAUAUUCUAAUUCUUUAUUUCAGUCCUAUUGAAAUUGCAUUUGAUAAUGUACUGUUUGUAUGAAUUGUUUAGAAGUGGGAAUGUAAUGAGGAGCCAUACAGGUGAAGUAGUGGUUUACUGCCUUUAAUGUCUGGGGAUACUGGAACUGACAACAGUGUGGAAUUCACAACUUUCAUUUUUUUAUCCCUGCAGGGCAACGCUUCAAGUUUUCCCUGUAAAUCAGAGCUUGUAGUCUUGUUAUGGACCAUACCCAAUAGACUGGAUCUGUUGGUAUUUAUGUAUCUAAAUAUUUGAUUUGGACCUUAUUUGAGUCAUGUGAGUUGCACUCUGAUUAUAAGAGUGGUCUGGCCAAAUAUUAUUUGGCAUAAUAUUGCUCUAUGUCCUACAAUGGUAAAACUGGCUGCAACCCCAAGCAGUUUAUUAAAACAUCAAUGUCGUGAGGCACAUUUAAUUUAAUAAUUAUAAAAAAUUUGACUGAAGAGUUAAUUUAGAUCUUGCUGCCUACUAAACUCCUUAUGUGUUCAAAGCAGUUUUAAUAGCAACUUGGUUAAUUUCUCAUUGCAUUCAUAUAGUUGUUUCCCAUCUUGCUUGGUGUGGGAAGCCAUCCUAUUUAUCCUGCAUUACAAAAUUAGGACUAUCACACUUUCAGGAGUGCAAAAUAUAAAGGAGAUUGAGAUCUUCCUCUUUAUCCCCAUAGGUCUUUUCCCUCUCUCUUUUCAUGGAGAUAAGAAACAUCUAAGCCCUUUAAGUGUGGUAUGAUGUGAAAGUAUCCACUGGUAUUUCCUGGUAUUUCCUAUGGAGCAGUGUUCUAGCAUUUAGAUAUUUAAAAGAUAUUUAUAUUCUGUUGAUUUUUUUGCAUUUAAGGAUGUAUUAAAAAUAAACAAGUGCUUAAUGUCAGUUUUUAUCUUUGGACAGAGUGAAUGAAGAUUAUGGGGGGAGCCCCCUUUCUAGACAUGAAACAAAGGUAUGUGUAAAGAAAGAGAGAAAUAAAAGUGAAAUACUGUGAUAUUAAAAUCCCUGCUGAUGUAAAAUUAUUUGUAUUUUUAUAUACUGAUUAAAAUAUACUGUAUAUAAAUAUAUUUGUAUUUUUAUAUACUGAUUAAAAUAUACUGUAUAUAAAUAUAUUUUUUAUGUUUAUAUUAAUUUAUAUAAUUAAUUAAUAUUAAUGACAUAAAUUAUUAUAUAAUGACCAAAUUACCAUGUAACCUACUGAGAAGAAAUCCCACUCUUUGCCUGAAGACAUUAUUGUGAUGAACCUCUAAGAUGGGGAUAUAUAUAUAUAUAUGUAUGUAUAUAUAUGUAUAUAUAUGUAGAUAUGUAUAUGAAUAUAUAGAUUAAAUAGAGCCUAUUUACACAUCUAUAUCAAAAAUAAAACUAUAUAACAUAUGGAUGCA